UCAGACCUUUUGCAUAUUCUUUAUGUAAAGUCUCCAGACCCUGGUCACUUAGCAACCACUUUUAUUGUAUUAACACUUUCUUCCUGUGUUGUCCCUUACUUCACAUCGAACAGUGCAAGCUGAACUUGAAACUUGCAGUGAUUUCUGAACAUGUGUCUUCUGUAACAGAUUGUGUCUUUGAAAUUCAAGGUUACCGCUCAUACAAUUUCAGGACUGUGAUAUCACAAUGACCUCUAACAGUUAUUUGGAUCCUUCAACAUCAGUUUAUUUUAAUAAAAAGACAGUAUUUUCUGCCAGCCUGAACUUAGCCACCAUAAGAAGCAAAGGUUUUAUCCGUCCUCGUUAUUCACAUCAGGUUGACCCAUGGAACUUGAAGCCGCCUGAUUUCUCUCCUAAACUCUACACAUCUCUGAGUGUCCCUCGAAGGAAGAAGACAAAAAAUACACAUCAACCUUUACUGACACUUGCCUCCAAUGAGACAGCCUUCAGAGUGGACAGAUUUACCCCAAACAUUCUAAUUCCUGAGAUUGACCAGAAUAAAAAAGCACUGCCAAAUUUCAGCACAUCAUACAGACCUCCUGGCUCUUUAGAAUCCAAGCUGAUGUUUGUUAAAACAGGGAAAUACCCUCCUGUGGCCUACAAGAACCCUAAACCACAUAACUUUAGACAGCUUGCUGAUGACAUGCCAAAUAUUGUUACUGCAGCUGAAAGGGAUCCUGGUCACUUGAACUUCAAAUCUCAGCACCUGAGUAUAAUUAGGGGGACCAGAUCGGACACAGACAUUUAUUCAAGGGAACCUUUGGGGAAGAUGGACACCUAUAAGCCAACAGAGCCCAGAUGGGAGGCCAGGCUCACACUCCCUAAACUGCCCUGGCCCCCAAAAUCUGCCUCCUACACUAGACACAGGCACAGACGCGGAGUGUACAGUGCUUUCAUGGACAGAGUAGAGGAGAAGAUCUCCAGCUCUUGGAAAACUGGCUGACACUUUGACCUCCUAAGUCAUUUAUGGAGUCCACAGCUGUGCAGUGAUACAUGCAUCGGCUCCCCUAAAAUUUCCAGUGUGUUAAGCCAGAAAAUAUGUUCUAAUCUGGGUGUGUGAAAGGCAUGGCUGAAAUAUUUGCAUUCACAAAAAGGAAUCUUUGAGGUAUCAUGAAAAUACAAUAAUUGUAGGCUAGACUAGAGAGUUCAUUGCAAAAAAAAAUGCCCAUGCCAUGACAAUUUUUGAAAGAUGUCCUUUUUUUUUAAAUCUAGGCCUAAUAGGCUAUUGUGUGUGUAUAAAUCUAUUCUCUCAGACAAUAGGCAACAAAGAUAAUCCCAGUAACUGGAAAAUGUAAACAAAGUGUGUCAUUACAAUGCCAUUGAAACUCAUUUCUAAAAUGUAGGCCUAUAUGCAAUUAAAGUUCACAAUUGGAGAGCAGCUAAUCUCGGUUAAUCCAGAACAAAAGUCUUGAGUAAUUGGUCAGAUGCUCAAUUAAAUUCUGGGUCCAUACAUGAGGGAGGGAGAAGGGAACAAACAGCUCUACCCGUUCUCUUUGCAAGUUAGGGGCAAGUGUAUGGGCCAAAUGUCCCCUCCCCUUUCCGAAAUUCUAAAGCACCGGAAUGCUGCUCAUUAUCUCACACUUCCCGUUGUAUCAUGACAAAUUAGUGUACCAUUUAUGUUAACGUAGUCUGUCCAUGAGAGAUUAGAGAGCAACCAAACUAAUAUCGGAACCCGGACCCAAAUUAUUGCAAAUGUUUGUUCAUGUUACUAGCAAUUACAAGCACAUUCCUAUUGCUAAACAUGCCCCACAUUUCUAUAUAAAAGUUCACAUUUGAGAAAAAAGUUAUGUAUAUUUAGAAGUUGUAGCCUACACAUUGUAUUCCUGAACCAGGGGGUAUACUGCAAAGCAGCAUCAAUGAUUUAGCCAGCUAACUUUUAUAAGCAACCAGAAAUAACUUGGUUUUAUGGUUAAUAAAAUAAAAUUGUUUGUUAAAUCAAUUAGACCAUGCCCAUGUCAAGCUUAUCUUUCUACAAAAUAAAAGUAAUCAGAAUAUUUAGACAAGUUAGCUGGCUAAAUCCAUAAUCCUGUUUUCUAGUAUACCCACAGAGUUUCUAAACCUUGUUAUAAACUGGAUGGUUCGAACCCUGAAUGCCAAUUGGCUGAAAGCCAUAGUAUAUCAGACCAUAUACCAUGGGUAUGACAAAAAAGCUUUUUACUGUAGUAAUUACAUUGGUAACCAGUUAGUAAAAGCAAUAAGGCACCUUGUGGUAUAUGGCCAACAUACCACGGCUAAUGUCUGACUCCAGGCACUCCGCAGGUA